AAUAUUGUGCUGACCCGGGAAUUGGAAAUAUUGGCGCUGAUGCCAUGUCGCGAGCCACGUGACAGCCAUGGAGGCAAAUUUGUCACAGAGGGAGUCACCAAUUUCACCUUGUUUCUCCAGACCUCACUCCCUAGCCGUCUUCCCCAUAUCCCUCCCUCCUCACCCCUGGCUUGUUGUUGUCAACGUGGUUACUGGAAUGUAAUGUACCCCACGAGCUAUCACGUCUGCUGACUCGAGCCUGUAGGACUGGCUGAUUACAUUGUGAGAAUAUUGACUCAACGACUUCAGAAGUUAAUAUCAUGUCACUGCCUAUCACUUGGCUGCUCCCAGAUGUGUAUCUUGCAGUGGUUCACAAGCCGUUGAACACCCAGACCAGGGACUACGCUCAUUAGAACCAACACACAGUAUGUCCAUGCUCAUUAGGACCGGCACUCUCGUCCGUAAGUCUUCCCGUAAGGCAACGAUUCGCCGGACCAAGUCAGCUGGAAGUACCACCUCAGGGAGUCACCCACGCCCACUCGAUAAUGACGGACUCAGCUCCGCUACUUCCUCGGUCCCCGGGACACCCAUCGCCAAAUUGCACAACUUGUACACGGACCCGAUACUCAGCAGUUCGCCUGGCAAAUCAAGCGUGACAACCAACAGUACUGUGGUGUCUUAUGAGGACCACAGGCAGGUUUUCAAAACUCAUAUAGAAAGGACCUACUCCACCGACCAGGGCAGCUACACCACAAACCAGGACACGGUGCUACAGAUUGAGGAGGCCAAGAAGGAGUCGGACAAUAUCUGUGACUUCAUCUGUUCGUCUGCUCAAAUCAUCUGCAGCAGCACGUUUAUAACAGCGGCUGUUGCUCUAUCUAUGAUAGUGCCUGUUGUUAUGAUUGCUUUAGGUGUGAAAUUUUUAGAUGAUUGCCCACUGGAGCCUAAAAUUCCAAUAUUCCAUUUGGUUGGAGGAUGUUUUUGGUUAGUAAAGAUUGGGAUAACUCUGUGGCGAUCAAUUCAGCAACGCCAUCAAGGAAGCCUAGACAACUUGUAUGAUUCGGUCAGCAGUCAACGAGGCGUGACCAGUAGGACAUACAGGACCAUGGACGUGCUACUUUCCCUCUUCCUGCUAGCGUGGCACAUACUGGGUACAAUCUGGGUGCUGAGCAUCUGGAGGCCAAAGUUCAAGGCCAUGUUACAUAGACCAAGUCAGUGGUGUGAGCGGUCACUCUACUUCUUCAGCGUGGCUAUCAUCGUUGCCGUCUACGCCGUGGUCAUCCUCGUGGUGCUGGGAAUGUGCUGCUUGACCUGUAUUUAUAAAGCGAGCAGCAGCAACGGCAGGCAUAGGUAGCAGCCUCGGAAAAGAGGAAUACCCAACAUCUAGCUCAGUAGAGACUUGUAGAUAUGUCUAAAAGACUUUGUGAGAUACACACCAGUGUUUGGACGGAUAUUAUGCCUUGAGAUAAAUGUAUAAUAAAACACAUCCUUAAGAACAUUGCAUAGAUCCUACAAAAACUAUUAGAAAAUCUUUAAAGCACUACAAUAUAAAUAUAUAUAUACAUAUAUAUAUAUAUAUAUAUAGAGAGAGAGAGAGAGAGAGAGAGAGAGAGAGAGAGAAAGAGAAAGAGAGAGAGUCCAUUGUGGUUCAAUGAUGACCACAUUUUUCAUCCAGGGGGCUGAAGAAUUAGCAGUGUAUUUUUUUUGCCUCUUCAUGUGAUCCAGAUGGAGCUAGUGUCAUUGGCCUUGCUUCUUUUCUCUGACCCUUUUCUACUGCCAGCUCUUUUCUCUUGCCCUUAGAGCCAGUUUACACAAUGCGACGCCAUGAUGCUCUGUCAUGUGCUUCUGUCUCCCAGGUAGCUGGUCAAUGCUGAAGGCUUUCAGAGAAGCUUUGAGGGUGUUCUUAAAGCGUUUUUUUCUUUGUUCAUCUUGUGAGCGCAUUCCUUCCCUUUCAAACAGCAGACGUUUAGAGAUGCGUAGGUCUUCCAUUAUGCAAAUAUACUCAAAUCCUAAAAGAACUCAUUAAAAAAUGCCUCAAAACAACUCGAAAAUUCUAGAAGGGCCAAAAAGGUUCAACAACAAAAAAAAAAAAAGAUAUUUUAAAAGAUCCGAAACAAAACUACGCAUUAAUUCAACCAAGUGAUUGUAAAAGAAACAAGAGGAAGCUUCAAAAACAGGACAUUCUAGAGGAAGAGUCUCAGAGAUUCUAAAACCUCCUUAAAGAUCACAACAAAGCGACACAAACGUUUGUUGUCUAAGCUUUCAAUUGUUAAUGGUUAAUGUGACAAUCUAAAGAUGUAAAAUACAAAGGGAUAAGGAAAAUACCUAUAUUAAUUAAACUUUUUUUUUAAAUUUUAUUUAUUUAAUAAGCGAAAAAAAAUACUCCAAUGUUUGUCAUUGUGAAAUGUAUGAGGCAACAUGUUUAGCCGAAUUGUAUCCUCUUAGUUACAAAAGGCUCCAACGGAACAAAUGAAUUUGACUGUGCAAUAAUUUCUUCUCUAUAUUUACCAUUAUUAUAAUGUAUAUACCGUUCAGAAAAUGAUAAGUUGUUUUGAUCCGCGUUUCUUUAUUAUUUUAAUCAUGUUUUUUUUAAGCUUAAGUUUUGAUGUUGUAUGGAUAGAUGUAUGAAUAGGAUCCUUGCAUCAUAUGAAUUGCUUCCCUUAGAAGUCCACUUUUAUCUUCACAUAAAAAUAGUUUUCUCGUUCGAACGUAUUAUUACGCAUCCGUAAUUAAUAUUAUAUAAUUUUACUCUACAAAGGGAAGUUUUAAAAAUCCAAUGCAAAAUAUUUUUAAUGUUUAUUUUUUAGUCAUUUGCGUACUAAACAGACAGCAUCAAGCUACAAAUGCAAUAGAUAUUGCACAAUUGAUUAGAGUCAUUUUUUUGUAUAGUUUCCCUAGUUCUCCUGUGAUGUGAUUGACAAUGUCUAAAGAUAUACGAUCGAGAAAGUAAAGAAAUAAAAAAAAAGAAAUACUAUUUAUAACCCAUCUGAAAUUAUAUAGAUUGAGAAAAGGCAAAGCAAUAGUCUCUUAAUUGCUAUUGUAAUUUACCAAGCUUUGGGGUGUCUUAUGCCUGUUCGAUUUGAGAUAUAGAUCCAACAUUUAAUAGUGAAUUCAAAUGCUUCGAUCAAUCAGCCGUAUUGAAGGUGGUGGAGCUUGAAGGCAAAUGAUCAAAUGUUUUGAGAGCUUGAUACUUAAGAAACAAAUACAUGGGCUGUUUACCUUUAUUGGUUAUUAAUUAUUCAGGUAAGCUUUUUAGAUUUCCCGUCUAGCCGAGCCGAAACCAUUCACAACAUCUUCUAAUGAUAGUGUGUAAUCAAUAAAGUAAUUUAACAUUGGUAACUCAAUCUGUCUGGUUGUGUCAUAACACACAAGAUGGAUAAUAAAUAAUGCAGUCCACCUUUCACAUCAUACAAUGAAUGCAGCAUUAUCUCCCUUUCAAUGUCCUGUCCUCAUACGCCAUGUUUUGAUAUUUAAAUAAUAAAACUAUCAAUUUGAAAAGGUCGAUAUGGCACAAAACAUAGGUGAAAAGGUAAUAUUCAUUAUCUUUAACAAGAAGUGCCUUACCUUUUUUUUUUCGACCAAGGGGCCAUAUAAAUUUGGAACGCUCGUGACACGGGCCGCAUUACGAAAUUCUUAUCCCAUAUACAAGAACUAAUCCGUAAAUGUGCCCUUUCUUACAUAGCGCUAUUACAGUAGGAAACAGUUGCCCGAAUACUUCAUGAAAUCCAAUUUCUGUAUAGAGUUAAGAGUCUCUAAUUAACAUGCAGCCUUAAAUUAACACAUGGAUGCGCGAAUGACGUAAUUUUCUUAUUCUUUGAAGGAAAAUAUUAGAAUAGCAGAUGAACUUGGCAUGACCCGUGGUGGUGAGAAGCGAAAGGUGCGUUCAUAAACUACAGUCUCCGCUAUGACUUAUGGGAUAUUUAUGGCAAGUUUCAUAAGGUUUGAUCAAAAAGACGUUGAUUUCUACUAAACAAAAAAAUGUAUAACCUUACAUUCCUACUUUAAAUAUAAGUAGAGAGUUAGGAGUAGGAAUUUGAUGAUGUAAUUGUCCAAUCAUUGUCGAAAGUAUGUAUUCACUCCUUAUUUAGUGUUUCUAUAGAUUGACACUAGCAUGUGGCUGUUACUAGAAAGUAGUUGUGUACAUCUUGUUGUAAAUAAGUCUAUUACUGCCUCUGAUGAUACAUACAUAAUAAACAUAAAUUUACAUGAAUGUAUCUUCAUUUGUUUCAGCACCUAGCUUCACUUCUAUAUUUACUGACUCUGUAUAUCAUUACUGUAAUUGUAGUAUAUAGUAUUUUCUAGUCCUGUAUUCUACUUUAUUUACUUGUCCUGUAUAAUACUCUUUUUACUUGUCCUGUAUUCUACUUUAUUUACUUGUACUGUAUUCUACUUUAUUUACUUGUACUGUAUUCUACUUUAUUUACGUGUCCUGUAUUCUACUUUAUUUACUUGUACUGUAUUCUACUUUAUUUACGUGUCUUGUAUUCUACUUUAUUUACUUGUACUGUAUUCGACUUUAUUUACGUGUCCUGUAUUCUACUCUAUUUACUUGUACUGUAUUCUACUCUAUUUACUUGUACUGUAUUCGACUUUAUUUACGUGUCCUGUAUUCUACUCUAUUUACUUGUACUGUAUUCUACUCUAUUUACUUGUACUGUAUUCUACUCUAUUUACUUGUACUGUAUUCUACUUUAUUUACUUGUACUGUAUUCUACUUUAUUUACU